AUUAAAGUGUGCGUCCUGUCGUUUAAGUGCGGCAUCGAGAUAAUUUUUAUUCUUUUUGUAAAUAAACUAGAUUUAUCGAAAAUAAUAAAUCAUUCUAUCAAUAACUACAUAGGGAAUUUAUUUUUCUAUAUCUGAAUUUAAUCUCGUUUUUAGGUAAUUUUUCAUAUUUUUCGGAUUAAAAGAGAGAAAAGAAAAAACCGUAAUUUUUAAGGUUGGCUUGAAUGAUAUUAUAAUAUUUCCAAAUAGGGUAGUAGACGUUAGAUUAUAUUCUAUCUGUAUUUUUUUUCAAGCGUGGGUGUUAAAAUUACGCCAGUGAAAGUUAUAACUGUGGUAUUUUUAAAAUAAAAAUUCAAUGAAGUUACAAUUUUAGGAGAAUUUUUUUUAUUAAGAAACUUCAUGUGUUAGAACCUACCUCUGGAAAAAUGCAAACGACAAUUUUUCUUUUUUUACUGACUAAUUGUCUUGUAUGGGGCGAUGAUUUUUACGAGCUUUUGGGCUUACAAAGGACAGCCGAUCAACGAGAGAUUAGACAAGCAUUCAAAAAACUCGCCGUUACUCAACAUCCGGAUAAAAAUACAGACGAUCCAAAGGCACAUGAUAAUUUCGUGAAACUCACUAGAGCCUAUGAAGUAUUAAAGGAUCCGGAUUUAAGGAAAAAAUACGAUAUUCACGGCGAAGAUGGACUCGACAAUAAUCAUAACCGAAAUCAAUAUCAUUCAUGGAAUUAUUAUCAGAAUAAUUUUGGAAUUUAUGAUGAUGAUCCACAAAUUAUGACUCUGAACAGAAACGAUUAUUUCGAAAGUGUAAUGGACUCGGAAAAAAUGUGGUUGGUGAAUUUUUAUUCGCCAAUGUGUAGUCAUUGUCAUCAUUUGGCGCCAGUUUGGCGUCGAGUAGCCAAAGAACUCGAGGGUGUGAUUCGCGUUGGCGCCGUGAAUUGCGAGGACGAUUGGCAACUAUGCAAUCAAAUUGGAAUUCAAUCGUAUCCAACGAUAAUGCACUAUCCAAAGAAUUCAAAUCAUGGCGUUCGUUACACGAGUGAAAAAUCGCACGAGGAAAUUUUACAAUUUGUCUUGGAUCGUCUCGAUGCAAAAAUUGAGAAAAUAACGAAAAAAAUAUGGAAUCAUUUAUUAAAAGGACUUGAAACAUCAGAAAAGCCGACAUUAGUUUUUGUCUGCAAUAAUAAUCGUAAUUGUUUUACGUCCGACGAAAGACUUAAAGUUGCCGCAAUAUUUGAUAAAAUGAUAAAUGUAAGAAUUUUUCAAUGCGAAAAUGAUUGCGAUGGUAAAUUUUCCGAAGAUAGUGGCGUUAUUUAUUUCCCGCCAAAAAAUGAAGAUAAUUGGAAACCAAUUUCUUUGGAAGACGCAGCCGAUGUUGAUGAAUUAGUGAAAAAUAUUCUCGAUCAAUUGCCCGAGCCGCAAGAUAUCAGCGAUUUGGAUUUUGAGAAAGUGCAAAAAAAUUUUGAAUCUCAGAAUGAAGACGGUUGGUUAAUUUGUUUCUACAUGGGACACGCGACCGAAUUGGAUGUUCAAUUGAAAAAAUUACCAAGCAUCAUUCAAGGAAUGAAUUUAGGUAAAAUAAAUUGCGUGAAAUAUGGAAAUUUGUGUAGGGAUUUGAACGUGAAUCACUAUCCUUCGUGGGGUGUUUUAAAACCGGGCGGCGCUUUUGAAUUGAAUCAUGGUAAAAAUACAAUUAACGAUAUUUCCCGAUUCGCAAAAAAUAGUGUUAAAGCAAAAAAUGUCUGGGCACUAUCGGCGGAAAAAAUACUCUCAAUUCUUAAGAGAGAAAACGGAAAUGAAGCCUGGUUUGUCGAUUGGUACGCGCCCUGGUGUCCACCGUGUUUAGAAUUCUUGCCGGAAGUAAGAAAAGCCUCUUUGGAAUUUGAUUCAUCGUCUGUGCAUUUUGGGACAGUCGAUUGUACAGUUCAUUCAAAUAUUUGUAGACAAUAUAACAUUCGAUCGUAUCCAACUGCAAUGUUAAUUAAUGGCACAGAAACGAUUCAAUUUACGGUGCAAAAAACCGCCUCGAAUAUCGUUCAAUUCAUUCACGAGGCUAUGAAUCCCUCAGUCAUAGAAAUUACGUCGAAAAAUUUCAAUCAGAGAUUAGUGAAGAAGAAAAGUAAACUUCUAUGGGUAGUGGACUAUUUUGCCCCAUGGUGUGGUCCUUGUCAACAAUUGGCAUCCGAAUGGACUUCAGUUGCAAAGGCAUUGAGACCAUUGAAUUUUGUGAAGAUAGCAAAAAUUAAUUGUGACGCCGAAUCGAGUCUCUGUAGAACGCAGGGAAUUCAAAGUUAUCCAACAAUUAGACUUUAUCCCGAGGGAAGUGAAGGACUCAAUACAGUUGCAUUAUACAAUGGACAAAGAGAUUCCUCAUCGAUGUUACUCUGGAUUACUGGAUUUUUCCCAGUCAAAGUCAAAGAGCUGACCUCCAAUUCAUUUCAAAAGGAAGUUCUAAAAGGAAAUGAACUCUACUUGGUAGAUUUUUACGCACCAUGGUGCGGACAUUGCCAAAGACUGGAGCCUCACUAUAAUAUUGCUGCCCAGCUUCUUGAGGGAAAAAUUCGAGUAGCGCGACUCAAUUGUGAAAUGUAUAGAUCACAAUGCUCGCAAUCUGGAAUUCAAGCUUAUCCAACUCUAAUGCUUUAUGGACGAAAAUCAAGUUACAGAAUAGAUGGUUUCAAAGCUGAGGAAAUACAGAGUAAUGUUUUGAAAAUGUUAAAACUCAAAACAGAAGAAAAACACGAUGAACUGUAAUUAUCGUUGAAUCAAGUAGGUGCCUUGUGAUCUAUUUUAUAAAAACGGAAAAUUAACAAUUUUAUGAUAUUCAAUUGAUAAAAUUGUUAUUUUAAAUUGACCGACUGUUGUUAAUGGUCAAUUGAAUACAAAGAGAAUUAAUUUGUAAUCUUUGUAGCAAAAUUUAGUCAAUUUAAUUUAUUAGUUAAAAGAAAUUGUCAAACGGAAUCUUUGUGUAAAAUCAAAGAGAAUUUUUACCAAUGUUACUGAUUCUAAUCUAGGUUAGAAUUUUCUAUUUAUUAGUUAAUUUUUUUGCAAUUUAAUAAUUAAAUUUAGUACAAGAAUGUAAGGAAUUAUGGUGCUUAGUAAGUCGGGUAUCGAUAUUUUUUUAAAUAUAAAAUAAUUUAGAACGAAAGCAAUACUUUAAAAAUCAUUCCUUUAAGUAUCAAAUAUCUGAACUAGAUUUGAACUAAAGAAUAUCGAUAUCCGAAUAAUUUUUUAUAAUUUUCAUAAACUAAUUAAGUAAGUUACGAUCUGCGAUGUGAUAAAAUUCGAAUUCGUAUUUUUUUUAUCAAAUUUUAAAUUUACUUACAUUUGUAUGUACUUUAAAUAAUAUUUCACAGAUGAUUUUUUAAUAUUUAUUAUUAGAAUUAUUAUAGAGUAAAAAAAUUGAAUUUUUAAUGUAUCGAUGUGGAAAGGUGUACAAUUAGACAGAAACUAUUUUUAAAAAAAUUUCGAUAAUUUUCUUAAUGUGGCAAAUUUUAUAAACUGAUUCAUUGCAGGUAGAAUUUACGUCUACUUAAUAAAAAUUCAUUUUUAAUUUUAAUUAAAAUUAAUAUAUAGUAGAAACUUUACCUAUAUUAACUCGAUCAUUUAAUUUCUUUGUAAAGUAACUUUUAAAACA